GAAAAAAAAAGAAUCCUAGUAAGAUUAAGUUUCACUUUCAGACUAACUCUAUCCAAAUUAAUGCCCUUGAAAAAAAAAAAAAAAUCAUAAUACAAAGAGGCACCACCUCCCUUCCCCUGCUGUGACCUAAUCAUAGCAAAGAAGAAGAAAAAAAACAAAUAAUCCCAUCAAACCAGCUCUUCAAAACCCCUCGUGCACAACCCCCCACCUCCCUCCCUCCCUCCCUCCCUCCGUCUCAAACUUCCCUGGGUGAGUUCACCAACUGAAUGUUUUGUUAAAGAACACGCUAGCUAGUACCAACAUGAUCCCAGCAUGUUUCAGCAAUCCCAGCACACUCUCGAGUACCUCUCAAGUGCCUCAAAAUCUCGUUACUUGCAUUUACCAAACUCAACUCUGCAACUCACCAACCUAUCUCACGCUCACUUGGUCAAAAUCUCUCUUCUCUCACUCCCUAACCAUCUACGCUGCUGAUUCUUUCUCCAUCACCAUCUCUCUAUACCCGUCAUCCUUUUCUUUAUUUAGAAACAAACCAGGCUCCAAAUCCCUCUACCUGACCCACCACCAUUACCAAAGAAUCAAGCUUUACUGGGACUUCACUCGAGCUGAGUUCUCUCACAGCUCGGCUGAGCCCGAAUCUCGCUUCUACAUUGCCAUCUCCUGCGAUGCAAGAUUGGAAUUCUUUCUUGGUGAUCUUUACUCAGAGUUGACUCGGAGAUCCGGGUUGGUCAUGACUCGCCAACUCGGUCAUGAGCCGGCUUUGUUGUCUCGGAGGGAGCAUGUGUUUGGACGCAAGAGCUACGUGUCCAGGGCUAAUUUCUUGGGGUCCAAGCAUGAAAUUGGGAUAGAGUGUAGUGGGGGCAAGCUUGAGGUUAAAGUUGAUGGCGAAAUUAGUCUUGUUAUUAAGAGGCUGGCAUGGAAAUUUAGAGGCAAUGAGAGAAUCUAUGUUGGUGGGCUCGAAGUUGAGUUCUUUUGGGAUGUGUUCAAUUGGGUCAACAACAACAACAAUGGUCUUGGUGGUGCUCAUGGUCAUGGUGUGUUUAUUUUUCAAGUCGGUGAUGGUGGUGUAUGGCCUCAAAUGGGUGGUCCAGAGAAGAGAUUGAUGAGGAAGAGUAUGUCCAUGGUGGGGCCCACAUCGACUCCGCCGGCACUGUCGUUGUCAUCACCAUCCCCGUCGUGCUCUAGUGUGCUGCAAUGGGCGGAGGAGAGUAGUGAUUGUGGGAGGAGUUCAUGUUCUUCAUCUACUUCUAGGUCGUGUGGGAGCAAUAUCGGAGGGUUCUCUUUGUUGUUGUAUGCUUGGAGGAAGGACUGAAACUUGAGAAAUAUGGAUCGUGUUUUCAAAUUCGUGGAUUAUUGAUAAUUUUUUAUUCCAUAAAAUAUUUGAAUCUCGAGGUUUUUCAAAUAUAUGUUGUGUUAUUUAAUUUGAUUAUAUAUUGUGUAAAUAAAAAACCACUUUAAUAUUUUUUUAUUGGGAAAACGACAGAUUUGUCCCCCAAUUAUCAUGUAAUUCUCAUUUGAGUCACCAAAUAAAAGAAUUUCCCCGAUGCUAUUUAUCAAA